UCUUUUCUGGCUCCUCUUUUGAAAUUACCUCACAAAUUACACUCUCUCUCGUCCCCCUCAGUCAAUGGCUAAGACCAGUAAAGCAGCUACUCUCCCUACAGUAUCAGUACCUGAUUCAUCCAUUGACCUACUGCCUGGAGAGGCACUGGUAGGCCAUGCUCCUGAUACCCAGCAGUUACUGUAUGAGUCAGAGGGACCUGAUAAGAGUCCUGGGUAUAUCUAUGGGACGCUCUACAUUACUAAUCACAGACUAUCAUUCAAACCAGCUCCUUUCAACACUGAUAAACUCUCUCCAUUGGACAGGUCCUCAGUAGUCAAGAGUCAUUAUAUUCCACUGAGACUGAUACUACAAGCAUACACUAUCAGCAGUAAUAAGAAGAGGCUUGUCACUGCCAAGUCAACUCUGCCAAAGAAAAUAAAUGAACUGGAAAUAAUCUGUAAAGACUUGAGAAAGGUUGUGUUCAGUUUCAAGAGUUGCUCUAAGUCUGAUGUAGUACAUGUUGUCAAUUCCUUUGGGAUGUAUUCCUCUCCCAGUAGUGUCUUUCAUCUCUUUGCUUUUGAUUACGCUCGAGUAGUUCAUAAAACUAAAGACACUCACUCCUCAUCCUCCUCUUCUUCUCAAGAUGUCAUUCCAACUUAUUUCAAUCCUCGUGACUGGCAGAAGGAAUUGGAUAGACUAGGAGUGAACCAGAAGCAGUGGAGGGUCACUGAGGCUAACCAACACUUCCUCCUCUGUGACAGUCUCCCUCCAUACAUUGUGGUCCCAUACAACAUCAGUGAUGAUACUUUAGAAUAUGCUGCUGGCCUCCAUUUCAAGAACCGUCUACCUGUGUGGUGUUGGAGUCACAGUGUCACUGGUGUCUCAUUAACCAGAGGAUCAUUACCUGAUGAAGACAGACUAGAGGCACCUGAUCCUAGUUACAUGUAUGCAGUGGCGAUGGCUAGGAACCUUGAGGUACAGGUAGAGAAUAAACUGGUGAGACAGUAUCGAGUACAAGAAUAUGUAGCAGCAACUGCCAGAGAAAUACAAACAGCUUAUUCUAAACUAAUGGAAGUGUGUACCAUCAGUACGUGUCAUGAUUUAGCCAGAGCUGAUCAGAAGUGGCUGGCAACACUUGAUUCUUCUCACUGGCUCCAUUAUGUCAAGUCCUGUUUAUCCCUUGCCAGUGAUAUAGUGAAGACACUGUGUGAGAAGAGAACCAGCUGUGUACUGCUAGAUCAGAAUGACAGAGACUUGGCUUGUGUCAUCUCCUCUUUGGUCCAGAUAAUGGCCGACCCACACUACAGGACCAUAUCUGGGUUUGAGUCACUAGUCCAGAAGGAAUGGGUAGCUAUGGGUCACCCUUUCACGACCAGGAGUGGAUUAAUAACUGACGCUCCUUCCAAUGAGGAACUGGUACCUGAUGGACAGGCUCCAGUCUUUGUCCUAUUCUGUGAUUGUGUCUGGCAGUUAACUGUUCAGUUUCCAUCAGCAUUCCAGUUCACUCCAUCUUUCCUGGUCAAGUUUGUCUCUCUCACUGCCAGUUCAAUAUACAGCAACUUUGUCUUUGAUUCAGCCAAAGCUCGAGUUGAAGCCUCCAACCACAGCAAGAGAAGCAGCUACUACGUGAGUCAGUUGGUGGACCUGCAGAGUAGCCACUCUGAUGCUGAGAAGUAUGAGGGUCCAUUGGUCUCUGCCUGGGGCAAGUGGAGGAGCUCAUUAACAGCUGAAGAGACUGAGAACUGGUUGAACCCGUUUUAUUAUAUAUUUGGAUCAGGUGAUGCUCAUAAUGAGUUCACGUUUACUGGAAACCUGUUGCCUUUUGAGUCUUCAGUUUUCAAUUUGUUAUUUUCGGAUAUGCUCCCUGAUAAAACCUCAGGAGGUAAUUUUGGUCUAUAUUCCGACCAGCCCCUCCCUCUACCCCUCAGCUCUCAUGAGCUCACUCCAGAGAGAGCAGAGCAGGUAUCCCUUCACUCCAUUAGUUCUUCCUCUCCUUCUCCUCUACUCCUCCCCAACACUGCAAUGCCUUCCCUUGUCUUCUGGGCUGAUUACUUCUUCCGAUUCAUUCCUGACUAUUCCUCCACUAAACUCACUGUCUCUAACUCACAGCAGCUCCAGAGUAAGCUAGUGAAAGAGGUUAGGAAGCUAAAGGAAGCACUUAAUGACUUAGAGCUGGAGAGAGGAGAACAGACGAGUGACUUCUCUCGUUUCAUUCGUGAGAUUAUGAAAGCAAGAGACGAAGAGAAGAGACUCCGGAAGCUAAAGAGGGAUGCUUCUCAUGAGAUUGCUCGUCGGAUGUCAGCGUUCAUCACCAUGUCAUCAGAGGACGAGGACUGUGACCGGAGUCUUGAUAAACUCAACUCUCCAGUUGGUUCAGUUCAUGACAAGGCUAAGACUCUUCCAGCUAAACUUGAUGAUUCUCUCAGUAAAUUUGCAGACGAGCUCCAUAACAAUGGGGAGGUUGCUAAGCGAUUCUUGACAGCCUCUACAGGUGGAACUGGUGGGCGGAGUCCAGUACUCAAGACAAAGAUUACGAUACAGAAAGAGGACAGUAGUCAGAAUCCGUUGUCACCAGCUUCAAGAUGGUUAGGGGCGUCUCAGUUGACCCCGCCCACUGCUAAUAGCCCGAUAAUGCCGAGCCCACCCAUCACCAUGCAUAAGAAGAUGAUUGGUACAGUAAUGGAGGGAGGGAACAGUCAGGACCAUGAACUGAUUGAUUUAUAAAGUUGAUGUUAUCACACACACCACAUUAUGAUUAAAUUAUUAUUAUUAUUAAUAUGUUCUGCUGCAAUUGCUGUGUACUUCUCUCUCUCUCUUUAUGGUCAGUCAUUAUUUAAUUUUAUUCAAUUUGUAAAGUAACAUCUUUUAGUAGAGUUAAUGACAUCCAUUUCAUUGCCCA